UUUGUGGGGAUUAAGACACGGCUGUACUGCAUUGUAUCGCAAUACCCCCAGGCGCGCAUUUUGCAUAUCAUCCCGCAUGAAUAGCAUGCGCCCAGCCAGUCGGGAUAGUCACAGUGUAUCGCGAUAACUCAUUUAGUUCGUGUAGUCACACGGCGCCCAAUCGCUUGCGACAUAAGAGCUGCACCCGUCCGAAUGCAGUGUGCUAGGAGAGCGGUCUCUGCAGCUGCUCAGUCCGCGAUAUAGCAGGUACUCAUUAAUGAGUGAAGGAUUACCUGACGUAACAGCUGCUUUAACACAAUGGAGAAUAAAAAUGCAGAAGGUUUGCAACCUGACCUUAAACUAGUUGCCCACCCGAGAGCAAAGAGCAAGGUAUGGAAGUACUUUGGGUUUGACACCAACGCAGAGGGAUGUAUAUUGCAGUGGAAGAAGAUAUACUGCCGCAUUUGUAUGGCCCAAAUUGCCUAUUCUGGAAACACCUCAAACCUUUCUUAUCACCUUGAGAAAAACCACCCAGAUGAGUAUUGUGAAUUUGUAAAGAGCAAUACUGAACAAAUGAGAGAAGCAUUUGCAACAGCCUUUUCCAAAUUAAAGCCAGAAUCAUCCCAGCAAGUUGUACAGGAAACUUUAAUAAUGAAAAACACCCAGAGCUUCGAGAAUAAAAAACACCUGGAGCUAACAUCUUCUGUUAUCAGCCUGAUUUGUGAGGGAAUGUACCCUGCUUCUAUAUUAGAUGAACCUACAUUUAAAAACCUUUUAAAAACAGCAGAACCAAGGUAUGAGGUUCCUAUGAGGAAGUAUAUAUGUAGCAGGGUAUUGCCAGAGAAAUAUAAUGCUAUUCGGGAGAUGGUUUUGAAAGAUCUGACCGAUAUCUUGUGGUGUGGGAUAUCCACAGAUAUGUGGAAGAGUGUAACUCAAAACAGGUCAUAUGUGACCCUCUCAGUCUACUUUAUGUCUACUGGUCCCUCUAAUUGUUUGUCUGUAAACUCCCGCUGUUUAAAAACAUUCGAAGUCCCAGAGGAAAACAAAGCAGAGACUAUUACACGUGUACUGUAUGAAACCUUCAUUGAGUGGGGAAUCAGUGCGAAAGUUUUUGGAGCUACAACUGAUUUUAGCAAAGACAUUGUUAAGGCAUGUUCACUUCUUGAUAUUCCUGUAGACAUGCCUUGUUUAGGGCAGACAUUUGAUAUGGGAAUACAGCAAGCUUUUCAACUUCCAAAGCUGUCUAGCUUGCUUUCCAGAUGUCGCAAACUUGUUGAGUAUUUUCAGCAGUCCUCCAUUGCAAUGUACAUGCUCUGUGAGAAACAGAAACAACAAAAUCUCUUUCCCUGCAUGCUCAUAAGCGACCGUGUUUCCUGGUGGGGCAGCACACUUGUGAUGCUGCAACGGCUUAAAGAACAGCAAUUUACGAUUGCAGGUGUUUUGGUGGAAGAUAGCAAUAACCAUCAUCUGAUGUUAGAAGCUAGUGAGUGGAAUACAAUUGAAGGUUUGGUGGACCUCCUACAGCCGUUCAAGCAAGUCGCUGAGAUGUUGUCAGUGUCAAAAUAUCCAACAAUUAGUAUGGUCAAACCCCUUCUCCAUAUGCUGCUAAAUACAUCAUUAAACAUCAAAGAGACAGACCCAAAAGAAAUAAGUAUGGCUAAAGAAGUGAUUGCUAAAGUUCUAUCCUCCACUUAUCAGCAGACACCAGAAAUAGACAUGUUUCUAAAUGUUGCAACUUUUUUAGAUCCGCGAUAUAAAAAACUGCCUUUUCUGUCUGCAUUUGAGCGUGCACAAGUUGAGAACAGAGUGAUAGAGGAGGCAAAAUGUUUCAUAGACAAAGGAAAAGAGAACAUUAAAAAUGAAGAAAAAGUUUUCAUAAUUUCAGAAGAGCCCCCAAUGAAAAAAAUGGCUUCUUCUACCCCGCCCCCUACCAGCAGCAUCAACAGUAUGUUGGCUGAGAUUUUUUGCCAGUCGGGAUCAUCUGAAGACCAGGAGGAAUGGCAUGCCCAGGUUGUCGAAGAACUGAGUAAUUUUAAGUCACAAAAGGUUCUUGGUCUAAAUGAAGAUCCGCUUAAGUGGUGGUCUGAUCGUUUGACAUUGUUUCCACUUUUACCAAAGGUACUUCAAAAGUACUGGUGUAUAAGACCUACCCGAGUCUUCCCUGAACGUCUGUUCAAUUCAUCAGCCAAUGUUGUAAAUUCAAAAAGAAAUAGAUUAGCUCCUGCUCAUGUGGAUGAGCAGAUAUUUUUAUAUGAAAACACACGCAAUUGCUCUGAAGCAGAGCCAGAAGAUGAUGAUGAAGGAGAGUGGGGCUUGCAACAAGAACAGUUUUUUAAUUUAAGUGACUCGGUUAAUGUUGACAGUGCUUUCUUUUCCAUAAAGGAUAAUGGAUUUAUUUAGAAUAUACUGUUCAAAAGGUACAUUCUACUGUAAAACUUCCAGCAAGGUGUUUGUUUUACCAGCCACUUAAAAUUUUACCCUAGUGCAUUCUUCAUUUUAAUUGGUUCUGAAUGUUGUAUGUGUUGUCUACUAAAGUGAUACAGAUAGUGUUUGCCUAGCUCGUCCAACCUACUUUGCUGCUGUUCCUAAACUUCAAUUCCCAGCGUACACAGCCAAAUAACAGUGAGGCUGCAGGUUGGACAUCCCCGGACUAAGGAAAUCACAAGGAAAAUAUGACUUAAGACAGUCAUAUAGACCUAACUGAGCAUUCAGACUACCAACAACUUUCUGAUAACUUGACAAAUAAAAUUGAGAAAUUAGAGAAAGAAAUAAUCAACACAGAAGUUUAAGAGUGACAAAAACAUUUAUGAUAUGAACACAAUUUAUAACUGGUCUCAAUCUAGUGAUAAUCAAAAGAUUUAAUAAAUAGAAAAAUAGAGAUUGUAUACAAAAAUCCAUUCUAAAAACUCCUAGAGACAAAAGAGUUAGCUUUUCUGGUACAGACUUUGAUAGUAUGAUAGCAAACAUGAAUCUGAUUCUGGUGGCUGCUCCUCAUCUCCUGACCGUUUUUUUGGGUUAUCGGAGUGCCUGCCUACAACUUUUUUCCUUGUGAUUUCCUCAAUUAUGGCUUCCUAAGCUGAAGGUCUGGGGCAUGAGCACCCGGACCCACCUAAACAAAGGGUAAGAUCUCUACAUUCACUGCCUAAAUGCUGUGAUAACCCUGUAUGAUGUUAUGGAUCCCUGUACUAAGCUAUACAGUGUUUCACACCUUAAAAUUAUUUAUUAAGGUCAAAGGUUAAUAUACUCAAAAUGCAACACUUUUGUUCAAUAGCAGUGUAGCAUUGUGAAGAUAUACUUCAGCACAAGUAAUACAAAACAUCUAUUUGUUAAAAGUCAGAAAUAAAGUGGAGUUAAGGUCUGUGUUUGUUUUUUUGUUUUCCAGUGGCAACACUAACCAAAAAAAGCUCAAUAUUUCAAACAACAGAAUUCUUCUAUUGUAACAUGUAUGACUAUAGUUAUCAAUUGACUGAUUUAAUGCCAUAUAAUUCAAAUUAUACUGUAAAAUAAUAAAGGAUUCAGGGGCCUUUAAAGGACAAGGAAAGUCAUUUUGGCAUUUUAUUUCAAUAAUUUUUAUUUGCAAUUUAACUUUUACAGGUUAGAUAUCAAGAUAGAGCAGUUUCCUGUUGAACAGCAUAUAUCUUUAAGGGUGAAGACACACAGAGCUACUUAGUAGCAGCUACUUUUUCACCGCUACUAUAUGCCAGAAAAUCCCCUGCCAUAGACAAUACUGAGAAUUGCCUCUGCUAAACACAUGUAGAGACAAUUAUCAGUAAAUGAUCAGCAUUGUCUGUUUUAGUAGCCGUGACAAGUAGCUGCUACUAGUAGCUCUGUGUGUCUUCACCCUUAAGGGAAGAAAAAGAAAGGAAGAGAGAAGAGAAAGUGGGGUCCCAUUUUAGUGGAUAAUGGGGCCAAAGGGCGAAUAAAAAGAGAAACAGAGUAAUAGAAAAAAAAAUCAGUUAACUAGACAGUUUUCUUAAUGAUAAAAACUAAUUAUCCUUACCUAGUAUUGCCUUUGAGGUCCCAUAUUAUAUAAAAGAAAAAUUUAAAGGGGUUAGCAUCUGUGAGAGUGUGGCUUAUAUAUAACCCAAAUAAACUUUACUUUGGUUCA